GUGAGUUGAUGUGCUGCUCAACCGAACUGACACUGAGAAAAAACCACCGACUGUUUACUGUUACGUUGCAAACAUUAAUCACGUUAAUUGCUAUAGGAUACAUUAAAGACAACUCCUGGUCAAGACUGCAUACCUGCUGAGACCUGCUCGCCUGCCUUCUACACAGAAGUUUGACUUUUUGAAAGUGCAUUUCGUGGGCAUUCGUUUCAGACAGUUUUGGCCCAUCUCAUUAGUGGAGUGUCCGGCCGCUGAGUAUGUCAGUGGCUCUUCUCGUGCGAUAUGCCACACUCGGUGGUUCCCGUGUCUGCUGCAGGGCUGCUCUUGGACUGACCAGCACUCAUCAGGAAGACACGAGACGGGCUCUGCACACUCCAUCGUCUCCCCGAUCCAGCAACUCUCGCUUUGAUCCGGACAGCAGUGGGCGUCCGACUACCUGGGACUCUUUUGGAAUCUGGGACAACCGCAUCGAUGAGCCUAUUUUGCUUCCGUCAAGUAUCCGCUAUGGAAAGCCCAUCCCCAAAGUUAGCCUGUCUAAAGUGGGAUGCGCUUCUCAGAUUGGCCAGCGGAAAGAGAACGAAGACCGUUACCGGCUAUCGCAGAUGACCGAGAACAUCAUGUAUUUUGCUGUGUUUGACGGGCAUGGGGGGGCAGAGGCUGCUGAAUUCUGUCACAAGAACAUGGAAAAGCAUAUUAAAGACAUUGUGGAGGAAGAGGAUAACUUGGAAUUAGUUUUAACCAAAGCAUUUCUUGAGGUGGACAAAGCAUUAGCGAGGCAUCUACACUUUAUUCCAGAUGCCUCUCUGUUGAGUGCAGGCACCACGGCAACAGUGGCCCUGCUUAGGGACGGGAUCGAGCUGGUGGUGGGCAGUGUGGGCGAUAGCCGGGCCAUGAUGUGCCGGAAAGGCAAAGCCCUCAAACUCACCGUGGACCACACACCUGAGAGAAAGGAUGAAAAAGAGAGGAUACGUAAGACUGGAGGUUUUAUAACAUGGAAUAGUCUGGGUCAACCUCACGUCAACGGCAGACUAGCAAUGACACGCAGUAUUGGUGAUUUUGACCUCAAAUCUUCAGGGGUCAUUGCUGAACCGGAGACCAAGAGGAUUUCGUUGCAUCAUGUCCAUGACUCCUUCCUGGCACUCACUACUGAUGGCAUCAACUUCAUUAUGAACAGUCAGGAAAUCUGUGAUGUCAUAAAGCAGUGUAAUGACCCUAAAGAGGCAGCACAGCGCAUAUCUGAGCAGGCUCUUCAAUACGGAGCUGAGGACAACAGCACGAUCAUUGUGGUGCCAUUUGGUGCCUGGGGCAAACACAAGAGCUCUGAUGUGAGCUUCUCCUUCAGUCGCAGUUUCGUCUCCAGCGGUCGCUGGGCCUAAAGAAAAAUAAGACAGAUUGAUGUUUUAAGUCAUGAAGUGACCCGAGUGUGAACUGACUAAUGUGCAGUAUUCUCUUAAUCCAUAUGCUGAGGGACAAUAACGAUAACUCAAAGGAAAAACUCAAAGCAUGCUAACUUGGACUCAUCAGAAUGAUACUGAGCGGUCCGUUUUGCCUAGGAAAGCAAAACAAACAUUGAAAUAAUGUCUAAGACAUUGGGGUUCAAGUUCUCCUGAGGUUGAAGUAUUUGCUUUUCGUCAAUAUUAUUUCUUCCCAUUUUUUGCUCCAAAUCUGUCUCGGUGUAUAGCUUUUUCCGGUUACCUCAGUUCUGGUUUUGGUUUCAUGUUUACAAACACAAAACGACUAAGGACUCUGAUGUGAAUGUAACAUUGGUACUGUUGUAUAAUUUGCCUUAUCCCUCAUAGUGAAAUCAAUGAUGUUAUUUUGAUUUCUCCUUGUGUUCUUUUCAUAACAAGAAUUUUAAGCACUUUCAGAUAUCAGGAGGUUCCAUUCAUAAUUAUUUUCGUAAUUAUUGUCACAGCCUUUGUAGUUUCGGCAGUUGGCUAGAGGCUAUGCAUUUCCUAUGCACAUUAAUUUGCCCAGAUCCACUAAGUAGACAACUGUAUAUACUAAAGUAUGUACUCUUGCGUAAGCACACGUUUAUAUAUCUCUGUGUCUCCUGUUUUUACUGUGAAUAUACAGUACGCUUUAAUGCUUUACUUGCAGUUAAUGGAAAUAUUUUACUAAACAGAAUUUGCCACCCAACUUAAGAUCCAUUUCGCAAAUGAAUCGGUGAUUUUUCUUAUUUGAUAUGCACAUAGUUCUGCUGACUGUAGGAUCAUAACUUUUACACUGUGACUUGUGCUUUAAAUCACAAUGCAUAGAGCAAAGUACUGAUGCUUGUUUUAUGUUAUUUAUAUAAUGUGGACGAUAGACAGUUAACUUGAUAUACAAUUAUGUCGUCGUUUUUAAAUAUUUAUUUUCUUGUUUCAGAGCUAAAGAAUUGUUUUGUUUGAAUUGUGACAUGAUCUUUGUAAUUGCAAACAUUCUGCUUCAACCUAGAAAAGGCUUCGAUCAUAAUCUCUGAUGUCCAGUGAUUAUAUUUUUUUAUUUCUAGAGCCAUACACAUGUGACCUCAGCAUCUCUGUUCGUGUCUGCAUUAACAUUUCGUAUUAAGAUGCUCCUGUUACUUGACACAUUGAUUCUACAUCAGCCUAAAGUGAAGUGGAAUUCAUCAACUUUCAUUCUCUUUCAGCAUUUCUGCUCAUUUUAGACUUAACUGAGUUUGUUUUCCUUUUAAAACAUGCAGUCUUCCUCUAUAAAAUUCAGCAGCACAUGCUGUGGAUGUACCAGUGGUUUCUUUUCUUGUGUAUUGCUCUUCAGUGUGCUUUUGUGUCAAAAUGUGUUCUAUUCAGUGUUACAGUAACUGUGCAUGGACUUGGUUUCAUCAAUCUGUUAAACAGUCAUUUCUUGUUCUAUACAUGGAACUAACUUCUGUAUAGAAAUGCAGUUUGUAAAAAUGAUAAAGCACAGUACAUCUGUUAAUAAAGUUUAACCAGAAACA